AUGGGUAUACAAUUAUACGAAGAUGGUGUCGACACUCGCAUAAUCAGGGAUUUAUUUCAGUUCUAUCUAUCUAUCUAUCUAUCUAUCUAUCUAUCUAUCUAUCUGUGUUUUUCUUUCCCUCUUGCUAAAAAGAGUGUUCAUUCUGUUUUUUCUCUUUGUCGAUCUCUGAGCAACAGUAUUUUUAGUUUCCCUCUUUCAUUUCCAAUGAUUUUUCUCUUUUCCCUCUCUCUUACCACAUAUUUAAACAUCUUCUGCUGCUUUUUUCUCUCUCUUUCUCUUAUAUACACACUCCCUCCUCUUUAUUGUUACAAAAUUCACUGUAUUUCUUUAUUGUUCCUCUUUUUUCCAACUGUCUCUCUCUUUUUUCACUCAGUUUUUCUCUCUAAUGAUACUUUUUACCUCUCUUUCAAUUUCUGUUUAUAUCCCAAACACUUUUCACUCUUUUUUCCUUCAAAACAAACAUUCUAUUUAUCCCUUCCCGUCAAUUUUCACUCACGUUCUCUUUUACACAAGAGCACGCAUAAGUGUAAACACACUCCCAUGUCAGCCCCUAGACGUCAAAAGAGUCGGAUGUUUGGCACUUUCCCCUGCUUGAUUAUCAUUCGACGGCGCUUCACGACGUCAACGUUUGCCAAAUCACUUGAAAUUUGGCACUCUGUGACCUUUCCAGGCUCCCUGAGCUCGCCGGAUGCCAAAUGUACACUUCUUCGUUGCGGAUUUUCCAUCGAUUGA